UCUCCUUUUUUUUUGGCUACAGGAAGUGAUUUGCAGUGUUCACAGCCCUUUGUUGAAAAGGGUCCUUCUCAUUUGUGUGAGUCAUGCUUUUGCUGUGAGCGAGUUGGCAGCUCUAAGCAGGACUGAGAUCUCAGUCACAGAAAACUGUUACUUCACUCAACCUUAACAAGGAACCAAAAGAAAUUUCUUAAAAAUAUACAUUUUUUCAUUUAUGCUUACACUCUUUUUCUUUUUUACCCUAAAUUCUUGUUAACCCUCCGUGCCGUUAUGAAUUGCUUGCUAUGUUAGUACAAGCAUCUCCUGCAUUGGCAUCAGAUUUGCCAGAACAUAUGCAGGAAAGCAGAUAGAAGGGCAUGCUUCAACGUACCAAGUAUAACCGCUUCAGGAAUGAUUCUGUGACAUCUGUUGAUGAUCUUAUUCACAAUUUGCCCAUGAACAGCAAGGUCUCAGCAGUUGCUACAACUUCAGCUUCACCUUCGUACCUGGUCUCACCAGAGGUUCUCCGCAAGGACCAAGAAGAUGGACCCACCACCCUGUGUACCCUCAUCCAUAAAGUGUCCCACUUGAAACUCUCUAGCACGGGCAGCCUUUUGGGUAUCAAAAACCUCUCCUCUGCAGUGAAGGAGCUUGCUGUCUCCAAAUUGCAGGGAAGCUCGAGUGCUUCUAGUUCAGCAGCAGGGGCUUCAGACAACACAUGUAACCUUGUCUCUGCCACUUCGUGUUCUCAGCAGGACGUGAGCAAGAUGAGUAUGGGGAAAAAAGCAUGGUCAGAGGAAAUGCACCUGGGAAGUGAAGAUUGGAAUCAAACUAGCAGUUUUGUCAAUAAAUCCUCUCGAGGAUGGCUGCACUCGAGUGAGAAGAUCCUGGGACCUGGUGUGACGUACAUUGUGAAGUACUUGGGCUGCAUAGAAGUCUUACGGUCAAUGAGAUCUCUUGACUUCAGUACUAGAAUGCAGGUUGCAAGGGAAGCAAUCAGUCGUGUUUGUGAAGCCAUGCCUGGUGCCAAAAGAGCCUUCAAGAAACGAAAGCCACCAAGCAAAGUCCUUUCUAGCAUCUUGGGAAAGAGCAAUCUUCAGUUUGCAGGAAUGAGCAUAAUGUUGAAUAUCUCCACCAGCAGCUUAAAUCUAAUGAAUCCAGAUACAAAACAGAUCAUAGCAAAUCACCAUAUGCAAUCUAUCUCCUUUGCGUCUGGAGGUGAUCCGGAUACUUCAGACUAUAUUGCAUAUGUAGCUAAGGAUCCUGUUAAUCGUAGAGCUUGUCAUAUACUGGAAUGCUGUGAUGGCCUGGCCCAGGAUGUCAUCAGCACCAUAGGGCAAGCAUUCGAGCUUCGAUUUAAGCAGUACUUGCAAUGCCCCUCUAAGACACCUACUUUAUCUGAUAGGAUGCAGAGUUUUGAGGACCCAUGGACAGAGGAAGAGAACGAGGCAACAGAGCAUCCCUAUUACAACAAUAUCCCAAAUAAAAUACCUCCCCCUGGCGGAUUCCUUGAUGCCAGGCUCAAAACAAGGCUUCUCACUGCUGCAGACACAGCUCAGUCUGCAUCAAGAAUUGGAGGAGAGCAAAUUUAUUAUCAGAGCCAUAACUUAGGAGAAAAAUUCAGUGAAGAAUGGCAUCAAGGACCUGUUAAACAAGGAUCUCUGGAUAUUUGUAGUAUGUCAGAAGAGAAAUCAGAAGUAGCACCAACAGGAGAGCUGCCAAUAUAUGUAAACACCCAGCAUAUAAAUAGAGAAGAUCUAGUGGCACUUCAGGCAGAUGCUGAAAGUACCUUCAGUGGAACAGUAGAGGAUGCUGAAGCAAACAGCCCAGGAAAGGAUCUGUUUGACAUGAAACCAUUUGAAGAUGCUCUCAAGAAUCAAACAUCUGAGGUUAUGUUGAAGAAAUCCACCUCCACCAGUCCUCCUUUAUCCAGAGUAGCUGUCCGGACUGAAGCUGAAGAGCUGAGUGCAGAGCCAUGGUAUCAAGGAGAGAUGAGCAGGAAAGAAGCAGAACAGCUAUUAAAGAAAUGUGGAGAUUUCCUUGUGAGGAAGAGUACCACGAAUCCUGGCUCCUAUGUGCUGACAGGCAUGCACAAAGGACAAGCCAAGCAUCUUCUUUUGGUGGACCCAGAAGGAACUGUUCGUACAAAAGAUCGUGUCUUUGACAGCAUAAGUCAUCUCAUCAACUAUCACCUUGAGAAUAAUUUGCCUAUAGUUUCUUCAGUGAGUGAACUCUGCCUGCAACAGCCUGCCGAAAGAAAACACUGAUUUGAGACAACUCUUUUAGUUAUUGCAAUUUGCAAACUAUAACUGGUAGAAAUUGCAGAUCUGAAAGGAAAAUGUACAUUAACCACCCCCCCCACAUAUUCACAUACAUUUCACAAGUAUGUUUUAUUUCAGUUUAAGAAGCCCCAUUUCAUAUGGUCCACUUCAACAUUUUCAAUGCUUUAUGUGACAUGAAAUCACAUCAGAAGCCUUUCUUAAAAGAAAUUUCAACAAAAUUGCUCAGAUUCUCUAAUGUGAAUGUUGAUAGUGUAUAUACACAUUAUAUAUAUAAAUACAAUAUAUAUUUAUAUUUUUCAAGUCAGCCUGUUGACGGUAUAAAACUAUCUUCUGUGCCAUGUGUUUUUACCAAAAGAAAAAUAACAAGUGUGAUUGUUCAGAUAAAAAAAUAGAAUCCAGCAGUCUCAAUUUCUUGAGAAAUUUAAUAUUACAAAUCUUAUUUCUGAUUUUACCUAAGAAGCACAACUAUGGGGAUUACAGAUGGAUUAUGCUAGUUAACCAUGGAAGGAAUCUGAAUUCAGUAACUAGUAUUCCAACUCAGAAAUUUAGCAUAAAAUGUUUUUUAAAAGCAUUAUUCACUGUCACUGAUAUCAAAAGGAUUUUAUCUUUCUGACGUCAAGUUUGAAUUCUUAUAUGAUGCUAUUCAAAACAUUUGUAUCUUACUUUAGCAAUGAUUUGGUGUGAUCUCUAUGUGUACGAGGUGUGUGUUUUGAUUUUUCUAAUGAUAUUGUAACAGUAUACUGUAACUUCAAUUUUUUAAUUUCAGUGCUAAGGUUAUUUAUAAGUAGUUCUCUGCUUAUGGUGAAGAUCUAGGUGUCCUUGAACUAACAGUCUCAAACGAGAUGUUGCAUAUUGAUUAGACAAGUUCAAAUAACUUUUGUUUAAUAGGCUUAAUAUGAGAUGUACAUGACUGUUCAAAGACAUAUCUGAAAAAUCUUUUCUUCUUGUAAGCAGUGAAAACUAUCUGAACUCAGUGGUCAGUUUUGCAAAUGAUGUCACUUGCAUUUACUUGCCAAAGCAUAACUUCAUUUUGGCCUUCAGCAAGUGAUAGCUAUUGGAAAUAUACUGUUUUUCUCUAAAUAUCAAGUUAAAAAAAACCACAUACAAUAAAGACACAUUUCUGGCAGCAAUGCCCUUGACUUUUGGUACUGGGAAAUGCUUUAAGGGAUGUUUGUACUGUCCACAUUUAAACAUUAUAUAAAGUUAUUUUCCCAUUCAAUGAAUCUUAUUAUGAGUCAAAUUCAAUAGACACAGUUCCUGUAAAUGCAAUGCUUGUGCCAGAGUCAAGAUUUAGCCUUCAGCAAUCCAAGUCUUCUCUAGCACCAGUCUCUCAAAUCAAAUCUUCAGACUUGAUUCAUAAAAACUCAGCAGGGUAAGUCUAGGUUAAGUACCUGCCUAUCCUGCAGUAUACUUAAAGUUACAUUUGGUUCUAACAAUUUGCUAAGUUUAAAAAUUUGUCAAACCGUAAUCAAACUGACUGAAGAAUUCACUUAGAAUAUAUUCAGCAGGACUAUCAUAUUAAAAUUCUGAAAUAAUUUUCUUGUAGCUUCUGCUUUUAAAUAUGAAGUUGCAACUUGAAAGUUUGAUUUUGAGUAAUCUCAAAACUGAAAAUUAUUGCGACACCUAAGACUAAUCAUGCACCUAUGUAAAAAUACACUUGAUUCUGUAAUUAGGACAUCCAGAAGCCAAAGAUAUUAGUGAACCAAAUGCUUGUGAUUAAUUUUACUAAAUAUAGUUAUUAUUUGAUAUUUCUAGGUCUGAAUGGGAGCUGAGAGAUAAGGAGAGCAACUAAAUGCUGAAUUCAACCCAGAUCAGUAUGGUACUGAGUUUGAAGGAAUUACUGAAAUUUUGUUUUACUAGGCUGGGAGUGGCAGGGAAAUAGGAACAGAUCUUAUAUGCCAAAGUAGUAUUGACCAAAAUGACUUUGUUUGAGAGUCUCACAAAAUUAUUUUACUUACCCAUGUCUCACCAUUUUCCAUUAGAUUAUCUUAGCUGCCACUAUUUUUUUCAUAUCUAAUGCUUCUUAUUCCAUGCUCUAACCUUUCUGUAGCCAUGUUCUGGAAAGUUUUCACUGUGAUAUCACUACCUAUAAGAGAAGGUGUCUUUGAAUAUUGCAUAUCAUUUCAGUAAAAGUCUGCUGCAUAACCCUCUUAGGUGUCUUCAAGAAGACCACCUGCUCCCUAUGUCUAUUUUGGAUUCCUAAAUAUCCUGGAAAAAUGUGACAAGAUUUAGGUGUAUGAAUUUAAGUCACUAAACAUACAUCAAAAUAGAUGUCUUAAUUUUUUUACCACUGUCCUAGCUGUAGCUUUAAUAACUUAGCAGCCACUUAGCUGCAUGUUUUGGAAAUUAAAGCUGAUGCCAAGGAGACACAAAAUGAAACUUCUUGACAGAAAUACUAAAUUUCCCAGACUAUAUUUCACAAACUGUGCCUCCGGGGGAAUGUGGCUAUUUUGAGCUGCUCUGUCAGCACAGCCAAUUUGCCCAGCUCAGCAUAUCCACUGGUGAUGCAAAGGUUACAUACAUCGAUGCAAUGUGGCCCGAGAUGGCAAUAGUGCCACUGCACUCAACAGUGCCCUGCCCACACCACGGGCCAGCAGAUCCUGCCUGGCCACACGUGAGCAUACAGAGGCUUUUCUACAUCGCUGGGAGCCACACAGACUCACAACUGCUCAGAAAGGAAGAGCAUGUGUGCCGCUCAGUACUCCAUUUGUUGAUCCAGCUGUGUUUUUGUCCCUGUCGCUCUGGUAGAUUUGGCUUUCUCCUUUAUGAAAAAGGCAAAUCAGCUGUAAAGCUGUUUGGACAGCAGCUCCAAACCAGUUGUCAUUAGACCAGUUUUAAACUGAUUUCAACAAGAACUAAUUGAACCUGCUAGAGUGGCUGGGCUCACUUCUGUGAGGAGCCAACACUGCCACCAACUUAAGAGAAGUAAAAGUAAUAAGACAGGUUUAAAUGUUGUGAAAUUAGCUGAAAACCUGACAACUGACAGCAUAAUAAUAUGAGUCUUUUAAUGUUCACCGUUGGUUUGGAGUACCUCACCUAUUUUAUUAUUUUUUAUGCAAUCUCAAGGACUAGACAUUUGCUUGUGGUACUUCAGUACCUGACUUCAAGAAGUGGGAUUUUACUGAAUGAAAAACAUUUCUAGACUCAAUAGAAAUCACUGAGAUUAGGUGAUAUUAUAGUACCUUUUGAUGUUUUUCCAACAAAUAGCUGAGAAGUCAGAACUGGAACUCGAAAUGUCCUGCAAGACUGUCUACACUGCUUUUGAGUCUAUCUGAUCUGGUCGUGUUGCAACUAUAGGAAUGAAUGGCAAUGAAAACACAUUCAAUGACUUUAAACAAAGAACAAUUACAUGUGAACCAGAUGAUUUUGAUUACUUUUUAUUGCAGAACUAGACUAAUUAUUAAGUUAAUAAAAUUCACCCAAUGUUGCUGGCAGGCUGCACAUCUAGGUACCAUCACGUUUCCAAAAUUUCAUUAUUUCAGAUGCUUCAGAAGAAAUGAAACCUGAAAAUAUGGUUUGAAAACAGAAUUACCUUCUGACAAAUGGGAGUUUGCUCAGAGUGAGAAGUUGCAGCUCCCCUUUCCUUAAUGCAAGAAGAGAAUGUUCAAACUAACCAUACCUGGCUGGUCACCAUGUGAGAAGAUGCAAUUUCCAUGGCUUAAUGCCUGCCUUUUUGCCCAGUUAUACAGUUGUUUACUCCACUUAAUUUCCUACAGGGUUCACAAUGGAAAGUAACACUGGUUCUGCCAAAACCUGUCUGCCAGACAUUCAAUAAAAGCUUGAACAAAGGACAUAGUCCUGGGACCAGGAUUUCAGUGCAAAAUAUGUAAAUGGAACAAAAUGUUUAACAGUCUCGCAAAUGUCACCUGCCAGCACUAAGUUUUCUAUAGCCUAUAGUCAUACUUUUUCCACACUGUGGAAUAAUAUGCUCACAUUUCUUAUCACCAUGGUCCCCAGGCAUCCUCGAAGUAAGAUGAGGAGAAUUAAAAAAAAAAAAUUAUACUGUAGUGUGACUGCUGCUGGCAUAUCAAUACCAGAUACCAGAUAUAAUGUAUUAAUAAUAGAAUUUAUGCAUAUUUAGACAUUUGUCAGUAGAUUUGAUAACCAAAGUUUUGCACCUUCUAGGAAAUUUGCAGUUAUCAGAGGGAUAUUUGGAACUUGUGAAUACUCUGAAAAAAUAUUACAAGUCCUGUUUUCAAAACUUUGUUCUUAGCUUCCAAUGUCUAUCCAAAGUAAAUGCUAGAACCAAGAACUUAUAUUAAGUAAACCAUAAUCCAUAUUUGCAUAAAUGAAUUCUAAGCUGAAGUAAGAGACAUACUUCCCUUUUUAUCUGCCUGACACUUUCAAAAUAUGUCUGCAUAAAGUCUAAAUUCAGACAUACCUUAGUGUACUGUAAAAACCACUUUAACUUACAUGGUCUUUUUUGCUCAAGCUGAGGUUUGCACUCUUCACACAUCCAUGUGUGUUCAAAACUGUCAAAAUAGUGUGUGAAUUUCCACUUAAUGCUCUGUGAUCAGCUGGACUUACUCUGCUCACUCACAGUGUCUGUGCACCUUGGUGAUAUCUGCAUUGGAUGCAGCUGGAAUGAGGGCAGGCCUGUGGAAAAGAUAACAUGGACGUACAAUUUGCCUGCAGUUAACUAGAGGCUUAGAUAGAGAAAAGCUGUCUUGGGAGAGAAAACUUCAGGGAUAAGAAAUGUGAAGCCUGGAAAUAUGAGCCAGUAGGCAUUUAAGCCACUAAUGAGAAUAGAGAGUUGUUGCCAAAUUAUAAGCAUGCUAAUUGGUUGAUAGAGUUAAAGCAGAACCUCUGGGGAUACAAAGCCUACUGCUCAUCUCUUAUUGAGACAUUUAUGUUCACAAGCCCUGAUCUGUUCCUCUGCACACUCCAAAGUAAACAUCUCCUAAGGCUUCCAGGGAGAAAAUGCAGGGCAGCUUUUUUUUUUUUUUUUCUUUUGGUCUCAGUAAUGGGGAUAAGAUUUCAGAGCUACACAUUUCUAGGAAAAGCAUCAUACAAAGAGAGUGUUUCAGCCUUGUUUGACAACACAACAGGUCAUGGAAACCAAAAGAAGAAGCUAGAACUAGGUGACUCAUUCUGCUACCCUACUGUGUAAGAGACAGUGCAGAUGACUCAGAAAACAAAGGUAGCCUCAGAUUUUGAGAUUAAGAUACAGAUUUACACUUUAUGUAGCUAUCAUGAAGAUCAAAUAAAGUCCAGGUCAAAUGGAAGCUUUUUCCAGCAGUCCUCCUCUUUCUUCCAUGAGGAACAAGACAUCAAACACACCCAGGCAUACAUUAAUUCAAAAUUAAGUGACAUUUUCUAUUAAGUGAUGAAUGUGAAGAUGAUAAUUAGUAUAUAUUUGUGUCCUUUCUGUCUGGAUUGCUGUGAUAACUGCUUCUUAGUAAAGUCCUGCAGAGUUAAAACUUGAAAGAAGCUAGGUUUCUUCUUUUGAGGUAAAUGUUUUUCUUUGCAUUGUGUGGCAGCAACAACAAAAGUAAAAAGUGACUAUUUUGCUGUAAAAAGAAGUUUUAUUGUACAAUUGUUAUUUAAUAAUAUUUAUUACUUUUAGAAACGUUUUUAACUGAGAAUUGCAGGAAAGAUAAUGUAUGUGGAAAUAUUGUGAUAAUUUAUAUUCCUAACCACUUUUGUGAAUCUCAAGUCUUUCCCUCUCUGCUGACUGUGAUAUUUUAGCUAUAGAGACAAAUUUUGUCUCUGAGGAAGUCCUUGAGCAAUGUAGUUUGGAAUAUAAGUGUCAUGCAACUGUUUUCUGAUUAUUCAGUUUGUAUAUGUUUAACCAAAGUAAUAAAGCAGUGAGCACUAUUACUAGAUUGAAAUGCAUGUAAAGUGAGUUUGAGUCUAUUCUCUUAUGCUCAGAUUCCUUAACGAAGUUUAUUUGCUGGGUUUGGGAUUGGGCUUGGGAGCCCAAUCUGUGUCUUGUGCCUCCCAACAUUUUGUAGCAGAAUGUGUG